GACAGCCUAGCACAGAUGAAAGCCGUCUAUGCAAAUCUCAUCUCCGAUGCUUCCUGGUCUAGCAGCAGUUCAAAUGGCAACACUACAACUACAAUUAGCAACAGUGGUGGGAACAACAGCAGUAGUGGUUCCAGCAAUGGGGCAGGGAUAGCCUAUGACUGGCACCAAGCAGCCUUGGCCAAAACACUCCAACAAACCCCAUACCACCUAUUGCCAGAACCCAGCCUUUUCAGCACUGUCCAACUCUACAGGCAAAACAAUAAGCUCUAUGGCUCUGUUUUUACAGGUGCCAGCAAGUUCCGUUGUAAGGACUGUAGCGCAGCUUAUGACACGCUGGUGGGACUCACUGUACACAUGAACGAAACAGGCCACUAUCGUGAUGACAACAAAGACAAAGAGGAGGACCAAGGUAAGCGCUGGUCGAAACCUCGCAAACGCUCCCUCAUGGAGAUGGAGGGUAAGGAGGACGCGCAGAAAGUGCUGAAAUGCAUGUACUGUGGCCACUCAUUUGAAUCUCUUCAGGACCUCAGUGUCCACAUGAUCAAGACCAAGCAUUACCAGAAAGUGCCUCUCAAAGAACCGGUGCCAGCCCUGGCCACCAAGCUCGUGCCCUCAGCCAAAAAACGAGUACUUCAGGACCCCUUGAUUUCUCCUUGUUCACCAGAGUCUAUCAAAGUCAGUGGAAGCAAUGCUUCCUCUGGAGAAGCUGGAAAAGACCCCAAGGCAACUGCAAACCCCUAUGUUACACCUAACAACCGCUACGGAUAUCAAAAUGGUGCAAGCUACACUUGGCAAUUUGAGGCUCGUAAGGCUCAGAUCCUGAAAUGCAUGGAGUGUGGGAGCUCCCAUGAUACACUGCAGCAGCUAACUGCCCAUAUGAUGGUCACAGGCCACUUCCUCAAGGUUACAAAUUCAGCCUCAAAGAAAGGCAAGCAUCUAGUCUUUGAUCCAGUGGUUGAAGAGAAAAUCCAGUCCAUUCCCCUACCGCCCACUACCACCAGGCUUCCUGUUCCCAGCAUCAAAUCUCAGCCCGUGUCACCGGCACUCUCCACUAGUUCAGAGGAUAAAAGAGAGACGGAAGAAAAGAAAAUGGAUAUGCAUGAACUGGAGGAGAAAAAAAUCAAAGAAGAGAAGGAGGAGCCAGGAGAGAAGACAGAGUUGGAUGCCACAUCAUAUAAGUACCUCAGAGAAGAGGAUCUGGAGGAGACGCCGAAAGAGGGCUUGGAUAUCUUGAAAUCACUGGAGAAUACUGUAUCCAGCGCUAUAAGCAAAGCUCAGACUGGUACACCCACAUGGGGUGGCUAUCCUAGCAUCCAUGCAGCUUACCAGCUCCAAGGCUCUGUGAAGUCCUCUCUGCUGCCUGCCUCAGUUCAGAGUGUCCCAGUGCAGCCUGCAUUCAACAGUGGGAUUCGAGCUCUUGUGUCUGAUCCAGGGUCAGUGAUCCACUCUCCACAAAGCCCCUCAUCACCUCCUAGUCUAAGGAGCAAUGUCUCUGCUAUGGAGGAACUGGUGGAGAAAGUCACUGGAAAAGCUACUGUAAAAAGGGAGAAAGAAGAACGUCUAGUCAGUACAGAGCGUUCGAGGCCUGCAUCUUCUGCCAAAUCACCCUCACCAGUUUUGAAGGAGCGAAAAGACACUGUCUCUCCAAUCAUGACAACAGGGAGCAGCAGCCCAAGAAAGACAGAAGUAGACUCUGCAUGUAAAAAGGAGCCUAAAGAAAGCCCAGUGGAAAAUCUCAACCAUACAAAAAAUGGCCCAGAGGUAUGCAAAUCACCAUUGCCUAAUGGCAACAGUUUGGGGAUCAUCACCGAUCAUUCACCGGAGCGGCCUUUCAUCAACCCCCUUACUGCACUUCAAUCAAUCAUGAACUCCCACCUCAGCAAGGUUUCUAAGCCAGUUAAUUCUCCCUCUGACCCACUGUCCAUGCUAUACAAGUUCAGCAACAGCAUGAUCGACAAGCCAGCCUACAACUCUGCCCAGGCAAAGCAAACUGAGCCUAUUAACAGAUACUACUAUGAAAAUAAUGACCAGCCAAUUGAUCUUAGGAAAACCAAAAGCAACAGCAGCAGUAACAGUGAAAGCGGUGGUAACGGCACUUCUCACACAGUUGUCAACAGCAACAUUAACGGAAAUAGGCCUCUUCACCCUGGUCUGUCACUUUCAGACUCUGUAACAUCUCCUUUGAGAGAGAAUGCGCUGAUGGACAUCUCAGACAUGGUGAAGAACCUUACAGGACGACUCACCCCCAAAUCAUCCACUCCCUCAUCCAUUUCCGAGAAAUCGGAUGCAGAUGGCAGCACGUUUGAAGACGCCUUGGAGGACCUGUCACCUGUACAGAAGAGGAAAGGCCGGCAGUCCAACUGGAACCCUCAGCAUCUCCUUAUCCUUCAGGCUCAGUUUGCCUCUAGCCUUCGGGAGACUCCAGAGGGUCGUUAUGCCAUGACAGACCUGGGCCCUCAAGAGAGGGUUCACAUCUGCAAGUUCACAGGCCUCUCCAUGACCACCAUAUCUCACUGGCUGGCCAAUGUAAAGUACCAGCUGAGGAGAACCGGUGGGACAAAGUUCCUGAAGAACAUGGACUCUUCUCAGCCUGUGUUCCUCUGUGGGGACUGUGCCUCACAGUUCAGGACUCCUUCCUCUUACAUCAGCCACCUUGAAUCACAUCUGGGCUUCAGUCUGAAGGACCUGUCCAAGCUGUCUGUGGAGCACCUACGGGAGCAGCAGGCUGCAUCCAAAGUGAUCACAGACAAAAUGGCAUAUGGCAGUCCCCUGGCAUCUAUGACAUCACUCGAUGAUGACACUGGGUCUGGCUCGGUAUACCAGUGCAGGCUUUGCAAUCGGACAUUCGUCAGCAAGCAUGCAGUCAAGCUGCACCUGAGUAAGACACACGGGAAAUCACCAGAAGAUCACCUGGUGUUUGUCACAGCGCUGGAGAAGCUUGAGAAACAAGAGAAACCAUAGACAAAGGGGCUGC